AUGCCCGGGAGAGGGAAGUCAGUCCUUCUGCCUGUCAGCCUGUGCGGCUACGCGCGGCGCGGCGCGGCUCUCACCGAGGCGGCGGCGGCGGCUCCGGCAGCAUCGCUCCCCCCCCACCCCCCCGGCUCUCCCCGCAGCCGCGGCGGCCGCGGGGCUGGGCUGCGAGGGAGGCGGGCUUCGGCGCGCAGCCAGGGGCGGGCGGAGCCAAUCACGGGCGCCCGAGUGGGCGGGGGCGGAGGGUGGGGGAGGCGGGGCGCCCCCGACCGGGCACCCGGCGCUGCUCCGCGGGCCCGAGGGAUCCCAGGCAGCGGCGCGCCGGGGCCCGGGGCGGAGUGCUCGCGGGUGUGUCCAUCCGUCCGUCCGCCGCCCCCGCCCGCCCCCUGCGGUGGCUCCCGGCUUGCCCAGCUCGGCGGCCGCGCCCGGCAGAUGCGCGGCGCUUGGUCCCGGCCUCCUGCGCCCCGGGCCUCCCGGCCCCGCCGGCCGGAGCUCGGCGGACGGGACAGAGGCGAGCUCCCCGGCCGCGCUCAACACCUGAGGAAACUGGCGGAAAAGUUUGAGAACGAGAAGUCCAAUCGUCUUCCAGCUUCCGCCCUCCCUAUGACACUCCAGCCACGGUAA